AGAGAGAUACAUAAAUAGACAAACAGCAGCCAUAUAGAGACAGAAAAAUGCCACUGAGAUUGGCAGACAGACAGACAGAUAGACAAACGCCACUGGGAAGGACAGACAGCCAAACAGACAGAUUCCAUUGUGACAGAUAGCCAGAUAGAGACGGACAAAUACCACCAAGUUGGACAGUUAGCAAGGCAGACAGAAACCUCUAAAAUCAUCAGACAGCUGGAUAGACAGACAAAAGUUAAUAAAUGGACGAAAAAAAAAUUAGCAUUGUCAGGAAUAUUUGCUAGCUGAUAUACACAACAACUGUAAAAGUCAUUAAGUAGAAGAACCGCCACAACAAUAGUUAUUUUUAAGGUAAGGAAAUUUGAUCGCCAGUUCAGUCUCAGAGAUAAAAGCGAUAACAUUUCCGAAAUAUAUGAAUGAACCCCAGUAUUCCAUUUCCGACUGAUGAUUCCCACUGCGAUGCCAAAGUGUUCCUGGCCUCCCACUCUGGCCUGGCAGGAAUGCGGUCAUAUUCCCUCUUGCACAUUUUCCCUUCCUGACAUUUUCUUCCGCCCACUCCACUCCCGCACGUCCUGAUAGAUUCCUCCCUGCGCAUAUUUCCCUCUAUAGAUUUUUUUCCUAUGGACAUUUUUCCCCCCUCUCCCACGUGUAUGUACUUGAUAGCAGUGUAACAUGAUAAAGCGCUGACCUAAACACAUAUUCAGGACCUCUUGUCUGGGAAACUUAUGAAUUUUGAGAUGCUCCUUGCGACGUUAAGUGUUCGCCGUUUGUUUUCUGCCCUGACGUGUAAGCUAGUGUGUGUGGUGAUUUCAGCCCAUCUAGUGUGUACCUUGAACGGCUGAUGAAGAGUAAAUAGGAAGCACAGUUACUUGAAAGAAAUACAAAAAAAAAAAAAAAAACGUCCUUCUUUGGAUUCAUAUAAAUGUUCAUAGUAUUCAUCACUGAUACUCAUUAAUGAAAAAAAAGACAGUAUAUUAAUUAAGUUUCUGUGUUUCACUUAUUUAGAAUAGUGUGGCUUAAUAUUAUUACGCUCAGUAAGGAUUAACUUGCGUGAUGUAAUCAUAGUUUUAGAUGUAAAAACAAUUAUUGAAAACCUUUUCCACUGUUCAACACUCGAAGCUUCUCGGAAUAAUUAUGCCAGUUGCUGUUAUCUUUGUCUUACCAAGGAGCGAGCCAUGGUCUUAGCUUCAGCAGAGACACCUGGAAAAGAAACAGAAAAGGAAAGUAAAAGGAUUACAAACACUUGACCUAAGACAUUAAAAAUCGCUACAUAGAAAAUUGAUCACAAAGUGAUCUGAGUCUAGAAAGCUGUCUGUGAAGCCCUCUGAACCAAUCUGAAUCAAGUGAGCUUGUGUUCACCAACAUGACAGCCUCCUUCUUUGGUUUGGUUCUCAGCUUUGGUUUUACCUCUGGCCGGCAGACUUCUUAAUUAUUUUAUCUUCCCCUUAAUUCUUCCUUGUUUCCUCAUAUGCGAGCUCUUCUGAUUGUCAUAGUGUCCGUUAUAUACCAGAAUAAGUGUUGCCGUCAGAUUGAACGGAUGUGACUGUGUUUAUGCUUGUAAAACACUAGUAAACAUGUCACUUUACUUCAUAGUGUGUAUUACGUAUCAAAUCACAGAAUCCCUUCUAGUCGCCAGCUUCGUCCUAAGAAAACGUCACCUAACAUGGGACCUCAUAAGGGUAGACGUAAGAAAAAUGCGGUAUAUCUUCUAUCACGUUUAUUUCUCAUUCAGCUUGUUAUCAUAUAACCCAUAUUCUGAAAUGCUUCUACGCUACACCAGGACUUCUUUUUUUUUUUUUUUUUUUACGAUUUGCUCUCACCACGACUAUUUUCAAAGGCUACAGAGAUUAUUAGACAGGUUUCCAAGAUUGUUUCUCCUGCCAAUAAUGUGAAAAUCGUGUUAAUAUGUCAAUGUAACCGUAAAAACACCCUGAAAACCCCAUGUAACUUCAACUAGAGCAUUUUGAAUGCAGUGGGGUGCGGCGCAUGAAUGUUUCAGAAUAUGGCCCUAAGUUACACGGGUUUUAUUUAUUUAUUUUUUUUUUAUUGUAGUGGGAAAUUAACAAGCUUUCUAUAUUAUUAACAGAGAAACACACUUGAGAACCCGACAAAUAAUUUGUGACCUUUAAAAAUAGUUCUUGUGAGAGUCAGAAGUAUAUUAUAGUAGGAUUCCCAGCAGUGCCAGCCUGGAGUCUCGUCAGGAAGACGAGCGUCCCACCACAACACAACUCCUCGGUCUGUAAAGUAUGCCAGAGACAGGAACGAGAUGAUGCAAGUGGUGCUGAGGGAAUUAGGGAAUGUCAGAGUGGAGAAGACAGGAAGGGAAUAGAUGGCGUUCCUGCUGGCACUGUGGAAAGACGAAUAAAAGAAUGGUUGAGGCUGCGAAGGAGCUCCAAGAGGAAAUUAAUGUGGUGUACAAGAUGUAGGAAUUAGUGGUGUUGAAGAUGGUGUCUGUUUUCUGUUCGCCGUUUUUUUUUUUUUUUUUUCCUACAGGAGUUGCUGAUACAAAGGCCUGGCUCAGAAGUAAUCCCGAGCACUAAAUAUCAAGAUUAGGACCUGUAGCAUCAAGAUCAAGAUCCGCCAAGAUGAUGGCCGUGGCUUCAGCCGAGAAGCGUCCCCUCAAACGUCAAAAACUAGGACCUCCAGACGUCUAUCCACAAGAUGCCAAACAAAAAGAGGAUGAGCUAGAUGAUGUGAGUGUGAAGCAGGGAUUCACUCACCGGCCUCAGAUUCAGGAUGAGUACAGCAGUGCUCAGAACACUUCCAUCACUCCAGCCAAGGCAGCUUUGUCACAGCCUCGAGUUGGACCAAGUAGUAUACUACAGUUUCUCACAGCAGGAAAGGUUGCAAAUUACUUUAAUGCCAUCCUCAAGAAGAAGGCAGAGUGCAACCAGCUGCCAGACACAGCCAGGAAGAAGCAGCAAAUUAAUAUUAAAGGUAAUUUUUGGCUUGUGACACCAAGAUCCAAGGCAGCAAUUGAAGCUUGGUUUAAGGACCUUGCGGGAUCCAAGCCUUUGACUUCACUGGCUAAAAAGGUUCCAAUCUUCAGCAAACGGGAAGACAUGUUCCUGACGCUGUGUGAGUACUCAGUCCCCAUGCUGAGGGCAACGUGGUUUAUCAAAAUGACAUCUGCUUAUCAAGAGUCAAAAGUAGCAGAAUAAAAAAUCAAGAAACGACAGCAGCCAGACAUUGCACAGG